UCUCUUUUUCUCUCAUAUUAUUUGCUGACUAUCAGUUUAAAAUGCAAAGCCUUCAAGACGCUAUCAAUCAGUGCAUCAGCAGUUGCUCACAACCUGGUGGGCUUGGAAAAGAUACAUGUACUAGUGUUUGUAAUGAAGCUGCUAAAUGUACGGAUCAGCAAUGUGUCAAAGAUAUUUUCAACAAGGUCCUCGACAGUGCCAUGUCUUCUGCAACAUCUUCCGCCACUGUUGCUAGCUCUUCUUCUUCUAUUGCUAGUAAAUCUACGUCUGCUGCUACUCUUCUCAAUUUCAAUUCGGGUUUCCUUUUGUUAUUUGUUUUCUUUACAGUUUAUUUGAUAAACAAAAGGCAUGAUUAAUCUUUUGCGAAAGACUGGUUCUUGCUCAAGUACACCAAUGUCAUUGUUACUAUUAUCUUCCGUCUCAUUUAAACAUUUCUAAAUUCUUUAUUUCAAAUACG